ACUGGCUCCUGAUUCCUCCAGCUUUCAUUUCGAAGCCUUUGACCUCAACAUGAAGAUCUCCACACUUGUAGGCCUCCUGCUCAUAGCUACCACCAUUAGCCCACAGGUGUUGGCUGGACCAGAUGCAGUGUUCACCCCAGUCACCUGCUGUUAUAAUGUCGUUAAGCAGAAGAUUCACAUCCGGAGGCUGAAGAGCUACAGGAGAAUCACAAGCAGCCAGUGUCCCCGGGAAGCUGUGAUCUUCAGGAGCAUACUGGAUAAGGAGAUCUGUGCUGACCCUCAGGAGAAGUGGGUUAAAGACUCCAUAAACCACUUGGAUCAGAAGUCUCGAACACAGCAUCCUUGAACCUUCAUGUCUAGGCUGAGAGUUCCAGAAAAAUCUUAUGCAUUUCCUCCUGACAUUCCCAUGGGCAGUGUGACAGUUAUUUAUCAAGAUACCUAAAGAGUGAUGCUUUUAAUAAUUUUAAGCACAAACUCGCUUAAAUAAUAUUUAAUGAUAUUUAAGUUAUAUUUGGGCCAAUUAAACUGAAUUUAAUUU